GUGUGUGGAAACAUGCCAAGAGCGAGGGACAUGAUGAUUAUGGACUUCUAGUGAGUGAGAAGGCUAGGAAAUACGCCAUUGUCAAGGAGCUUGACAAUGUUGUUGACCUCAAAGACGGAACUGUGGUCCUUCAAUAUGAGGUUCGCCUCCAGGAGGGACUUGAGUGUGGUGGUGCCUACCUAAAAUACCUCCGUCCCCAGGAAGCAGGUUGGACUGCAAAGGGUUUUGAUAAUGCGUCCCCCUAUACGGUAAUGUUUGGACCAGAUAAAUGUGGAGCCACAAACAAGGUGCACUUCAUUUUGAAACAUAAGAAUCCUAAGAGUGGGGAGUUCAUUGAGCACCACCUCAAGUUUCCUCCUUCCGUACCGUCUGACAAACUAACCCAUGUUUACACUGCUGUGUUGAAACCGGACAAUGAAGUUCUGAUCUUUGUUGAUGGGGAAGAAAAAAAGAAGGCUAACUUCCUUUCAGCUGAUGAUUUUGAGCCUCCACUCAUUCCUGCUGAGACCAUUCCAGACCCAGAAGACAAGAAGCCCGAGGACUGGGACGAGAGAGCCAAAAUUCCAGACCCUGAUGCUAAGAAACCAGAUGAUUGGGAUGAGGACGCACCAAUGGAAAUUGAAGAUGAGGAAGCUGAGAAGCCUGAAGGAUGGUUGGAUGAUGAGCCUGAGGAGAUCGAUAAUCCCGAGGCCACAAAGCCUGAAGAUUGGGAUGAUGAGGAGGAUGGUUUAUGGGAGGCUCCAAAAACUGACAACCCAAAAUGUGAGGAAGCUCCUGGAUGUGGGGAGUGGAAAAGACCAAUGAAGAGAAAUCCAGCUUACAAGGGAAAAUGGCAUGCUCCACUGAUUGACAACCCCAAUUACAAGGGUAUAUGGAAGCCCAGGGAUAUCCCAAAUCCCGACUAUUUUGAACUUGACAAACCCAACUUUGAGCCAAUUGCAGCUAUUGGCAUUGAGAUAUGGACAAUGCAAGAUGGCAUAUUGUUUGACAAUAUCUUGAUAGCAAGUGAUGAAAAAGUUGCUGAAUCAUACAGGAAGACUGCCUGGAAACCCAAGUUUGACGUAGAGAAGGAGAAGCAAAAAGCCGAGGAAACAGCAGAAUCUGGUGGUCUCAAAAGAUACCAGAAAGUAGUAUUUGACCUCCUCUACAAGGUAGCUGACGUCCCGUUCUUGGGCGAACACAAGGCCAAAGUACUGGAUCUUCUCGAGAAAGCUGAGGCACAACCCAAUCUCACAGUUAGUGUUGUCAUCUCAGUCGUAGUUGUUUUCUUCUCAAUUCUAUUGAAGCUCAUCUUUGGUGGGAAGAAGCAGCCGCAGCCGAAGCCGGCUAGAGCUAGUGCAGAGACUGAAAAAACUGAUGCAGCUGAAACUUCCACUUCCAAUAGUCAAGCCACAGAGGAGAAGGAAGAGCAGAGUGAGGAUGCUGCAGCUGCUCCUCGUAGGAGGACUAGGCGCGACAAUUAGGAUUGGUAAGGCACUCGCACGGAGCGACAAUUAGGAUGGGAAAUGGCACUAAUGACCUCAGUCGGGCUUCUUUUAGAUUUUUGAGCUAGUUGUUUUCCUGUUGUUUUUUUUUUGUCCUCUUCUCUUUCCUCAAAUUCUUGAUGACCAAGACGAGCAUGUUUUUCCAGCAAUAUGCUUCCCCGCAAAACAAGCAUGUAUCUCUGUAGUGUAUAUGGGACAAUUUUUAUCUGGAUGUCGAUUGAUCAGAAUAUCCUCCCUAUAUCAUAGAUUUCAAAAGAAUAGAAUAUUCUUGUUUGUUUCUUUUGUAAA